UCAGGGUUUUCAUACUAUGCGAGUAGCUAUCGUAUCAACAGAAUACGGGUAGACAACGGUACCCGCAUUCUAGAAUUCGAGAAAACGCCAGUUUGUUACCCGGAGUCCAUAUAAGUACAGGCCAAUCUCUCCUUCUAAAUCGUGACCCACACAUACCGAACGCAGAGUGUUCAAGUCUUACGAUCCACCGUUACCGGCGUAGCCUCCGUCCCUCUCUCUCUCUCUCUCUCUCUCUCUCUCUACGCCUCUCGACGCCCACCCCUCAUGGCGGGAACGGAAGACUCUCCCGCCCGCAAGCAUGUGGCCGUGCUUGCGUUCCCGUUCGCCACGCAUGCGGCGCCGCUCCUCCACCUAGUGCGGCGGAUAGCGGCAGUGUCCCCCGCCACGAUGUUCUCCUUCUUCAGCUCGGAGAAAUCUAACCUCGCGUGCUUCCCGGGGGGCAAGAGGAGCGGCGGCGAUGGCAGCGCAUGCCCGAACCUUGUGGCGUACGACGUGUGGGACGGUGCGCCCGAUGGGUACGUGCCAUCGGGGAGGAACCCCGUGGAGCCGGUGGAGAUCUUCCUGCGCGCAGCGCCAGAUAACAUCGAGAGCGUGCUCCACGUGGCAGAGAGGGAGAGAGGGUGCAAGGCUACCUGCCUGCUGACAGACGCGUUCUAUUGGUUUGCUGCCGACAUGGCUCGAGAGCGGAGCGUGCCCUGGGUUCCGGUCUGGACCGCCGGCCCCUGCGCCCUCCUCACGCACAUGGAGACAGACGCGAUCCGACAAAUGUAUGCAACCUCAGGCGAGACGCUCGAUGGGAUUCCGGGGCUUUCGGCGCUGCGAAUGGUGGACUUGCCUAAAGAACUCCUCGAUGCAAUCUCGCCCUUCCCAACUUUGCUCUACAGAAUGGGUCAAGUGCUUCCUCAGGCGACUGCCGUCGUCUGCAACUCCUUCGAGGACGCAGACCCGAUCGUCCAGAGGGAGCUCCGCUCGAAACUGCAGAUGUUCCUUGACGUCGGGCCGUUAGUCCUGUCGCCUCCGCCGGCGCUUUCGGAUGAGCACGGCUGCAUCCCGUGGCUGGAUGAGCAGGAGACGGCCUCGGUCGUGUACGUCUCCUUCGGGAGCAUGCUCAGGCCUCCCCCGCACGAGAUAACCGCCAUCGCGAACGCUCUGGAUAAAACCGCCUUCCCAUUCCUCUGGUCCUUCAGGGGCGACGCCGAGGCGGAGCUCCCGCUGGAGUUCCUCGACAGGGCCACGGGGACGAGGGGGAAGGUGGUGCCGUGGGCCCCGCAGCUGCACGUGCUGGGGCACAGGGCAGUGGGGGCGUUCGUCACGCACGCGGGUGGAACUCGGUGCUGGAGAGCAUGAUCGGGGGCGUGCCGAUGGUGGGGAGGCCCUUCUUCGGGGACCAGAGCAUGAAUGCGAGGGCCGUGGAGGCAGUUUGGCAGAUCGGGGUGGCAGUGGAGGGGGGAGCGUUCACAGAGGAGGCGACGGCGGGCAUGCUCGAGCGGGUGCUGGCCGGCGAGGAAGGGAAGGGGAUGAGGGAGAGAGCCGGGGCACUGAAGGAGAUGGCUUUGGCGGCCGUGGAGCCACAAGGUCGCUCCACGAGGAACUUCGGGGCCUUGGUCGAGAUUGUCACCGGAUAAAAGCUAAACUUAGAUGGAUGGCAUGACCUCAUGAAUAUACGAAUCCAUGUUGGAAGUUAACCUCUGUGGAUUAAAGGGUAUCUUUGAGGUUUAGGGUCUGGCUCUAGGAAUAUUACUGUUGUUCUGAACUACAACCAUUUCAAUAUCUUUGAUUCUACCAUUCAUCCA